CUUCACUCAAGUCUCAUGCUACGUUGAGCAUUACCUUAUUUCACAAACCCGUCUUUUGAGAAAAAGAAUUGUCUGAUCUUGACCCCAGACCCUGAGCAAUAAUCAAUCUGUUUUCUUCCCAUCGAUGAACCAAGCGAUGAUAUGCAUAUCCCAGCACCAAAUUCUUCAGUCUUGUUCCCCCCCAAAACAUCUCAACUCCACACGGAACAAACGUUCAACUCGAUCCACAGGGCUGAAUUACAUGCCAAGACCGGCGCAUCUGCCCUUAUCCACACCGCCGUUUGCCCUAUUGCACCAAAAGCCGUCGGCCGGCCGCCCGGCCCCACUGCAACGGUCCUUACCCACGAUCGGCCUUCUGGCUCGGGACGUUUACUGUCAUAUGUGUACAUCACCCAAGAUAGACUACACAGGUCGCAAAUGCGGGGCUGUACGACCAAGUCUAUUCCAGAUCCGCGGCAGUCAUCUUUCCGUGUACCAGAUCGUUAUGCAGCAAGGCAUUUUUCCGUUUUGUCAGUACCAGAGGGCCGGAUUGAUCGGGUUCAUGCUGGUGCUUACGACGUGCUAUCGAUGCAGUGACUCGCAGUCGGCCAGUGGGCACGCAUGUUUACGAAUGCACGUGCAAGGCAGGAAAAACACAAAUGUAGCUUCGAUCAAUGAAACCCGUUGAUACAAAAAUUCCAAGUCCCAUGCAUCUGCGUAGCCAAUUAUACCACCGGACGUCGUGGUCGAGGCGAGGCCAUACUCUGGCCGGGCGCCGACGUGCUGGCCGCCACCACUGCAACUAGUCCCGAGGACGAUUGGCGAGCGUCGACCAGACGUGCAUGAGGAGUAGGCAGCCCGGAAAUCCUUGCGGUAUCUGAUAGGAUGGGUUUGA